UGGUGGAGAAGGCGGCAGUGUGGGCGGGGUCCCGGUGCGCGCUCUCCGUUGGUCGGUUCUCUCUCUUGCUCCUCCCCCCUUCUCCUCGGGAAGAUGGCGACGUUGAGCACCGGAGCCCUUGACAGAGCGGCCGGGAGCACCGGGGUUCCACUCCGCCUUCACAAACCAGCAACUUCUACCGCCCGUAUUGAUGAAACGUCGCCGCAGAACCUAGGAGCCUGCGGGGAGAGAGCUGAGGUCUCUCUGUUCUUCAGCGACGCCAGAACAUCAUUUCACAUUGGCAAGAUGCUGGACGUACAGCCUGGGCAGUAUCAGGACAGUUUCUAUGGAGCCCUGCAGCACCCAAGAGCAGCAAUGUCAGGCUGUCAGCCUGUGCAAAGCCGAACCCAUCCAGUGCUGUCCACUGUUAUUCCCGUCCCCAAACACAGGCUCGACGAGGCAAUAGCAGCGGCCGCUCUGACCAGCUUGUCCUCGGGACCUUUGGUACUGGGAGCAGGAACAGGAUGUCUCAGUGAAUCGUGCCCUGAGAAUUCCAUUAUUUCAUCAAGCUCAAGCGGUUCUAACAGCUGUGAGCUCUACACGUCCAUCCCCUCCACGCCGUCUCCUCCCCUGCAGUCUGCCCCCUGUUUGGCAUAUGCCGACGCUGGCCUAGAGGACUCUGACACCACUCACUUCCUGUUUGGUGAACCUGUUCCCCGGAAGAGGAAGAACUCGGGGCGACUAAUGUUCCGCUGCCUGUGGAAGAACUGCGGGAAAGUCCUCAGCACGUCUGCCGCAAUACAGAAGCAUAUCCGUACAGCACAUUUGGGACCGUGUGCAGGACCAGAGCACAAUGACGGUGAAGAAGAUUUCUACUACACAGAAAUGGAUGUGAAUGUGGACACACUGACAGAUGGGCUUUCCAGCCUGACUCCCACCUCUCCUACCACCACUGGACCCCCUCCAUUCAUUUGUGCGGGAUCCCUUGGAGCAGCCAAUAGCACAGAGCUGCCUCUGGUAUCCCCUCUCAGCUUGUCGGCUCCCAGCACUCUCUGCCACGUGCACACCGACCACGCUUAUCAAGCUCCUUCUCCCAUCAGUGUGUCCAUCGCAUCUAAGGUUGGCUUCUGGCAGUCUCCUCCGCCCCUGCUAAUCAAAGCUCCCCCAGUUCGCCCCACACUGAAUAUAAGUGAGAAAAGGCCGCAGAUCCUGACCGCUCCUCCAAAUUCAAAGCAAGCGCCCGGGACUCGGAAGCCCCGCGGGGAAGCCAAGAAAUGCCGAAAGGUAUACGGGAUGGAACGUAAAGACAUGUGGUGCACAGCCUGCCGCUGGAAGAAGGCCUGUCAGAGGUUCAUAGACUGAGUGCUGCAGCCGUUCAACUUUAAAUGCCCCUAGGGGGCGCAACUGAGCUUUUAUUUCAUUUUUAUUCCCCCCCCCCCUCUAAAACUCAAGUUUUAUUCCCAGCCUUUUGUGAACGAGCCCGAUGAUUCAGGACUAUUGUUAUACAUCCAAUAUUUUUAUACAUGGAUUGCAUUUCUUUUGUAUGGUCUGGAGCUGCCCCCUUGUGGGCUGGACCCUACCUAGAUGGCCAUGAGGAGAUUCUUCUCAGGUAACGCUCUGCCAAUUUCGGAGAUUCCUUUUCGUGGACUGCGAGGGAGAGAAGACCAGAUUUAUUUUUGAUAUUGUGAGAUAAAAGGAGCCGGGUUAUUUGGGUGCUGGAGAGGGGUUGAUGUGUUUAGUUUUUUUUGUUUUGUUUUCUUUGUUUUUUCCCCCCUUCCUUAGGGUGGUCUUACGUAAAUUCUUGCUGCACUAUGCUUUGCACUUUUGAAGGCACUGUGGACAUGGGGGAACAGCAGAUUUAUGGCUCUUAAACUUAGAGGUAGGGGAGAAAUACUGGAUUUAAAGUGGGAACUCAGCUAGAUCCCUAAAACUUUUAUGAUCGCCUUUCACUGACAUGUCACAAAAU